AUGGAUACCAAUAUACAAGCAAUCCCUGGACUAGAGAAGGCUUUUGCUGUGAGGCCGUCCUCGGACGAUAACAAUGACAUUUUCACUAACGUACAUUCUCUGUGGUGUCCGCUCGGACUCAAUGCCGUAUUUGGAGGCGUCCUCAUGUCUCAAGCCCUUAAUGCGGUAAUGCAGCGAGUCUCGCCUUCCUCUAUCGUCCACAGCAUGCAUUGCCACUUUGUCAAGGCCACCAGGGUCGGGACCCCUGUUUUUUAUCAUGUGAGCCGAGUGAGUCAGGGCAAAGCAUCCAGUGUUUACACUGUAUCUGCAAGGCAAAAUGAUCAUGAUGUCCUCAUCGUAACCGUGAGCUUUAGACGGGCCUCAGCCCCAGUUGGAAAUGUCUUGAAACAUGCAGUUCCAAAGCCUGAAUUAGCGCUGGAUGAUGAGAUGGAACCCCAUCGCUAUGGUGAAGGCACUGCGAGAUCUCUGUUUGAGUUCAAGAUGGCAACGGCUUCCAUCGGAAAAGGUGACUCCGAUCCCGAGACCAAGUACUUCAGACGCAUUGUUCGCGCACAAAGUAAUUUGGCUAGGCCAAGUGGCAGCAACGAGCAUUUGCUUGCCCUGGUAUGUAUGACAGAUACGUAUACUGCUGGAACGGUCGGGAGAGCCCAUGGUAUACCAGUAUAUACUAGAUUCAACGCCGGUUUGAAGGACGGAAAUCCUCAAGCACAGGUGGCCUUCAAGGCACUGUCCACUGUAGCUCAUACCAUUCACUUUCACAACGUGGAUCAUGUCUGUGUCAACCAGUGGAUGACGGAAGAGCUGCAUUGUCCUUGGGCUGGACACGAACGUGGCCUGGUAAUAUCACGUGUAUGGUCAUCAGAUGGAGUCUUACUGGCUACUUGCUCUCAAGAGGUUUUAGUUCGACUCCCCCAGGACAAUAUCCCAGCAAGGCUGUAA